CUUUCUAUAUAAUCGUUUACCAAUGAUAUCGAUUCGCAUGUAAGUAAAGUUAGUAGUGAGGCUGCAAAUUUAAGAGAAGUAUCGUUUAUAAUUUUGUGUAUAGAAAAUUCGAACGAAAUGGCGAGAAUAGCAGCCGUUAAACAAUCUUUGGAGAAGGCAUUACAUGAUGAUAACAAAUUAUGGACAAAAUAUCUCGCCAAAAUUGAAAAAAAAAUAGGAGUUGAUCGACUUUACGUUUUUUUAAGUGUUGUUGGAUUUUCAGCUUUAUAUUUGGUAUUUGGUAUAGGUCAGCAAUUAGUUUGUAAUAUCUUUGGAUUUAUAUAUCCUGCAUAUUGUUCUAUGAAAGCCUUAGAAACCCCUAAAAAGGAUGAUGAUACAAAGUGGCUGACCUAUUGGGUUGUUUUUGCAGUUUUUACAAUUGUUGAAUUUUUCUCAGAUUAUAUUUUAUGCUGGUUUCCAGUUUAUUGGCUCUUUAAGUGUCUCUUUUAUAUCUGGUUAAUGGCACCUAUUGAUCGUAAUGGCUCCUUAGUAUUAUAUCACUGUAUUAUUAGACCAAACUUUUUAAGAUACCAUCAAAAAGUUGAUGAGUUAAUAUCAUCUGCUCAAGAUGCUGUUAAAGCUGCAACUUUGCUGACAGAAAAACAAGAGUAAUUUUCUUAAUUUUAAAGGCGGCUUAAAUUUUAUAUUGCCUUCACUUUUUUUUUUAAUAAAAAAAUAAUGCCUUAAAAAGUUUUACUGUUUUUUCUUGUUAUUUAUUCUUAAUAAAAGAAAAAAAAGAAGGAGAAGAUAUAUUUGAUAGCUUUAAUCUCCGAUAUACAAUGUUUAUAACAUUGUAAAUUUUAUAAUCAACUGUGCCUAUUAUUCAAAUGCUACUAUGAAUAUUUGUAAAAUCCAAUUACCAAUAUGAUAUUGUAUUUGUUAUAAAAUCUUAUAUUUUAUAAUGAAUGGUACUUCAUUAUCUUAAAAUAUAAUUCAACAAGUUCUGUAAAAAUGGCUGUGUAAUAUUAAUUUAUGUUGUGAGAAUUAAUAAUGAUAAUUUGUGAAUUAAAAAAUUUAAUUACUAGUUAUAAGAUAAUUUAGAUUAUUACAUCAACUUCAACAGAAUAUCAUUUUCUAAUGAUAUUUUAACACUAAUUAUGAUUCAAUAUUAAUAUUUUCAGCACUUAUAACACUACUUCAAACACUUUCUACUAAUGUAUAAAUAUUUGUGCAAAGAUAUUUUUAUAUUUACAAUCAUCACAUAAACACAAAUAUUUUUAAUAUUGAAAAUGUAUGAUAAUUUGCAAA